AUGUCUGAUUCGAAUCAUCUUGGCGUACCGAUGUGCCUCGAAGAGUUCGGACUAGCAUGUGAUGGCUCUAAAUGGCCACCGGGAUUUAACACGUCAGCUACUCCAAGGCCAAGGCUUGGAGAUGUUCCGUAUGGGAAGAAGUUCAGAAGUUGCACAGUAGAGGGUACACUGGCGCUUACGUACGACGAUGGCCCUUCACAAUGGACCCCCGAUUUGCUUGACAUACUGAAGGAGCAUGAUGCCAAGGCAACCUUUUUCGUCUCAGGCAUCAAGCUCUAUGAUGACUUGGUCAAUCAUCGUAGCGAAAAGACCCCUGCGAUUAUAAGAAGAAUGUACAACGAAGGACACCAGAUUGCGGGACAUACUUGGUCCCACCCAGACAUGGACCAGCUGAAUUCGCAACAACGGAGACAUGAACUGAUAAAAGGAGAGAUUGGGUUCGUCGACAUCUUGGGUUUCUUCCCAACGUACAUGCGCCCACCCUACAACAUUUGCGGGGCCGAAUGCCAGACCGACGUCGGAGAGCUCGGAUAUCAUGUGACUUCGAAUGAUAUCGAGGGCCGAGAUUGGGCAGGUAAUUAUACCUUCUCCGAAGAACAUUUUAUGGCAAAAAUUACGAGUAAGGGUAACCGUCAGGGAGUCCGCGCCUGGAUGGGCUUAGCGCAUGAUACUCACAAUCAAUCGGUGUAUCGCUGGACGCCAUUCAUGAUCAAAAAUGCGAAGGAGCGUGGGUUCAAGCUGGUGACAGCGGGCGAGUGCUUGAACGAUCCAGAAGAGAAUUGGUAUCGAGAUCCUUUGACGGGUGAAGCGACCCCUCCGCUCACACCACCCAGUCCUCUUUUGCGCCCAACACCACAAUGCUCUUCUCAUGCCGCUCGAAGCUUCUCAGUGAGCACACACCUAGAAAAGAAGGCCGGCAAAGCGAAUAAAACCCGUGCGCGAACCGACUCAGCCCCGCCCGUGACCAACCCAGGGCCCCGCACGCCUACCGAUGAAGCCUACGAUAUCUCGGGGCUCGAGGCACGGAUCCUCAGGGCCCUGGAGAAGCUCACGCAUGAUCUUAGUCAGCUGCGCGGUGGAGGAAGGAUGAACCCGGAUAUCGUGGAGAGCUUGAAGGUGCAAUUAGGCACGGCAGGACACGGCAAAGAGAGCGUGAGACUGGGAGAUAUCGCACAAGUCGUCCCGAGAGGGAGAGUGCUGAACGUCAUUUGUGGAGAAGAAGCGCACAUCAAGCCCAUCAGCACCGCGAUCGCAGCUUCACCGCACUCGCUCACGCCUCUUACACCCGAGCCCACCAAUCCUCUCACGAUCCAAGUCCCGCUACCACCUCCGACCGGGGAAUCACGUCGCAUGGCCGUGGCGGAAGCCGUUAAAGCCUCGGAGCGCGCAGACAAAGAUAUACAAAAGGAGCGACAGGAUCACAACAAGAGGUUGAGGAACUUUGAGCUCAACCGCUCCGUGCUGCCAGAUGAUCUUCAAAAGGCGAAGAAGCAGAUGGAAGAGGUGGUGAAGAACGGACACGAAGAGGUUAAGCGCAUCAGUGACGGCGCGAAGAGGGUGCUUGAGAGUCAGUAA